AUGUUACUACCUACCAAAACUUCACAAUCCGAUCGAAAUGGCAAUGUACAAUUGAAUGUCCCGCUCUAUUCCGAAGAGGCUGAUCGUGAAGUGAACCCACCACCGACGUACAACGAAGUAGUGACCCGCGAUAUCCUACUUACACCUACCUUCAAACGUAGAUUGAUCGGUCUAUGUCUUGUAACAAUCUUUGUUCAUUGCUUCUACAUCUUUAUCCUCACACAAGAUGGCGGUACGACAAAGACCACCUCUAAUCCGGUAUGGAUUGCACUGUACAUUAUUGCCGGUUUGAUAUCAAGCUUCUCAAUCAGGAGACAAGCAUUUGUUUGGAUAUUCAAAGAUUCACUUUCACCUCAAUCUUCACUUACAAGUUCAACUGCAGGACGUGAAGUUCUUUUGGUUCUGUGGAUCGUUAACACAAUCGCACUUUUGGCUGGCCUUCUAAUCUUGAGCGAUUUUGCAAAUGUUGAUUUCUCAAGUAGAUCAGCAACUUGGAUCAUAGUCGCGCUGGUUAUGUGUUGCGUAAUGAUCCUUUCCUUCAUUAUCGCAGUCUUCAGAGCUGCACACGCUCAACAAGGUCAAAUUAGAAGAUGA